CUGUUUCUGUUUUCGAUCUAAGGAACCAAUUAACAGUCUUUCUGUUUUGAUUCCCCAUCAUUAUUGCUAUUCUUCCAUGUCGCAUUUCGCUUUAGAGAUGCCAUACUGCACUGCCCAUAGUAUUCGUACCGUAACAAUUGCCGGUUGGUUACAUUAAAAAAGAUGUCAUAUUUGAUACGCAAGGCAAUUAGCGAUAAGAUUACACAAAUUGUAAGGAACAGUAAUGUUUACUAUGAGCUGGAGGCCCCCUUAAAACGCAGCAAUUGCAAGCCGGUUUUGCAAUGGUCGAUUAAGGGCAGUAACACUUCAGAGGAGGAAGUUUUCAAAGUCCUGAAAGCUGUUUCAUCUUUAAAAUAUGACCCAGACCUGGUGCAGGAAAUAAGACCCAUUGAGGGUAGUGGGAAAACACCCAGCAAAGUAGAGUUCCAUCUACGCGAAGAAACUUAUGUAAAAUCUCUGCUAAGUCAAUCUGAAAAGGAAAUUCCUGUUGAGAGGAGACACCAACAUAUGGUUUUUGAGUAUAGUUCACCGAAUAUUGCCAAGCCUUUCCAUGUGGGUCAUUUGCGUUCCACCAUUAUUGGCAAUGUUUUGGCCAAUAUACACCAGCAGCUGGGCUAUCAAGUGAGCAAAAUGAAUUACCUCGGUGAUUGGGGUACACAAUUUGGUUUGCUCCAAGUUGGAGUGGAACUACUGCAGGCUACAGAUGAACAAAUUCAAAAUGCUCCCAUUGAAACUCUGUACAAGGCCUAUGUUACAGCCAAUAAGGAGGCAAUUGAUGAUCCAUCCAUUGCCGACAAAGCAAGGGAAUAUUUUCGACAAUUGGAAUCGGGAAACCAGUCACCCGAAGUAAUCAAACAAUGGCAAAAAUAUAGGGAAUAUACCAUUAAUGAAUUACAAACAGUCUACCAACGUUUGGGUGUUUCAUUCGAUAUCUACGAUUGGGAAUCUUUGUAUUCGCAAAAACACAUCACAGCGGUCCUGCAGGCAUUAGAAUUGAAAAACCUCCUAUUGCCCGAAAAAGAUGGACGUAAAGUGGUUGAGGUGGACAAUAGGAGGGUACCUGUUAUUAAGAGUGAUGGGUCCACCUUGUAUUUGACACGAGAUAUUGCUGCCCUUUUGGAUCGUUGGCAGCGGUUUAAAUUUGAACAGAUUUUCUAUAUUGUGGAAAAUGGUCAAACUGAUCACUUUAAGGCAUUGUUUCAGACAACCUCGAGGUUGAAGGAAGAGAUUGAUAUUUCCAAGUUAAGGCAUGUGAAAUUUGGUCGUAUCCACGGCAUGAGUACACGCAGAGGUCAGGCUGUCUUUUUGCGAGAUCUUUUGGAUGAGGCCCGUGAUCGCAUGCAGGAGAAACAAGCGCAGAGUCCAACCACCAAAGUCGAUGUGGAUUCCAACGAAGUGGCUGACAUUUUGGGUGUUUCGGCGGUGAUAAUCAACGAUUUGAAGCAACGGCGUCAAAGAGACUACGAAUUCAGCUGGGACAAGGCAUUGCAAAUGAAUGGUGACACCGGCGUUAAAUUACAAUAUACCCAUUGUCGUUUGUAUAGUCUAUUGGAACAAAAUGAAAAUAUUGAUCUGAAUAAUAUCAAUACAGACCCAAAUUGUUUAAAAGAACCCGAGGCCCUAGAUGUCCUAAACGAAAUUGCCAAAUAUCCACAAAUAUUGUGGCAGACCAAGGAGCAGUUGGAGGCCUGUAUUUUAGUCAAUUAUUUGUUUGGAUUGAGCAACUCCACCAGUCGUGCCCUGAAAAAGUUACCCAUCAAAACGGAAAUUGAUAGCAGGAAACAACAGCACAGAUUAUUGCUUUUCAAAACGGCCAAAGGCAUACUAAAACAAGGCAUGGAGUUAUUGGGUUUGAAACCCUUAAACCAAAUGUAAAUUUUAUUAUUUGUUAACAAAAACACAUUUAAAAAAGUAAUACAAUUAACGUUUCUUCCAUGUGUAUUUGCGGCGGGCACCUUCCUGGCCGAACUUCUUGCGUUCACGUCUGCGAUAAUCACGUGUCAAAAGAC